CAAAUUGUAGCGCCUGGCUGAGACGGAGUUCGCAAAAGCAAAACGAAAACACGGAGCGCUUUUGUUCUAUUUUUGUAAAAAACAAAGGAAAAUGCCCAAAGUAAAGAGGAGUCGGAAGCCUCCUCCAGACGGCUGGGAGCUCAUUGAGCCCACUUUAGAUGAGCUGGAUCAGAAAAUGAGAGAAGCUGAAACAGAACCUCACGAGGGAAAGCGAAAGGUGGAGUCUCUCUGGCCAAUCUUCAGGCUGCACCAUCAGCGGAGUCGGUACAUCUACGACCUCUUCUAUAAAAGAAAAGCCAUCAGCAGAGAGCUGUAUGAGUACUGUAUAAAGGAAGGUUAUGCAGACAAGAACCUGAUUGCCAAGUGGAAGAAGCAGGGCUACGAGAAUCUGUGCUGCCUGCGUUGCAUCCAAACCAGAGACACCAACUUUGGAACCAACUGCAUCUGCAGAGUCCCCAAGAGCAAGCUGGAAGUUGGAAGGAUCAUUGAAUGCACCCACUGUGGAUGCAGAGGAUGCUCUGGCUAAGUGCAGUUUUUGGACAUCAGUCUAUUGUCCGUUGGGCAGCAGGGCUCACCCAGUCUCCAUCUGUGCACUCUCAAAACCUCCGAGGAACUUCAUCUUUAUUUCAGUCACCUGCAUCAGAAAAAAAUCCCUGACAUCUUAACCAUCAUCCUCAGUUGCCUUUACAGGGUCAGUAUUUAAUACUUUUGAACACAGAGGAGGAAAGAAGAACACACUGAGAGGGGCCAUAAUGUAUGACUUGCAUUUGUUUUUCUGUUGUUGUUUUUUAAUUCCUAACUGAAGCCUUCAGCUCCAACAGCUCAAAUAAGGAAGUUGAGGUUUGCCGUCUCUGGAUCAGGCCUGUCAUUCCAGCUAGUCAUACCCACUGUGAUGGUCAUUUAAAAUCUUAAUGAGUUUCAUUUAAAGAGGGCUGGGAGGGAAGUGAUUUUUGUUUUUGAAAUGUCAUUGUUUUAAACAUUACAAGUUUUUCUUCAUUGUUUUUGUUAUUUUAAAUAAAACAAUUCUGAUUUA